AAAGUGGUUUGUUUUAUUCAAAUUCACGACUCACCAUAUUUCUUCCCAACCCUUCAAUCACAUGUUAUAUAGAGACAAAGAAGCUUAGCAAUCAACUGCCACAACAUUUCAUGGCGACAAAUCAUGGGUCCACCGCCAUUAAGGUCCUCGAGGUCUGCACGGUAGCUCCUCCGCCCGGAUCCACCGUGCCGGUCACUCUUCCCCUCACCUUCUUCGACAUCCUCUGGUUUCGCUUCCCUCCCGUCGAACGCCUCUUCUUCUACAAAUCUCCGGUGCCAUUCUACGUCAUCGUUUCAAACCUCAAAAAAUCUCUCUCUCUCGUCCUCCAACACUACCUACCCCUCGCCGGAGCAAUUGUAUGGCCUGAAAAUUCCCCCAAACCGGCCGUCGAAACCGCCGUCCGCGACGGCAUUGUGCUUACAGUCGCGGAGUCUGAGGACGACUUCGACCAUCUCAUCGGCGACGGGUUGCGUAAAGAGGCAAAACUUCGGCCGUUGGUGGCGGAGCUUGCAGCAGAGGAGGAUCGGGCGGCAGUGGUGGCUGUGCAGGUAACCUGGUUUGGGAAUGGUGGAUUUAGCAUCGGAAUAACUUCACAUCACGCAGUUCUGGACGGAAGGUCGUCGACUUCUUUCAUGAAAUCGUGGGCCGGAUUGUGUAAGAAUUUGGUUGGGGGCGGUGAGAUUUUUUGCCCGGCAGCUGAGACGAUGCCGUUUUAUGAUCGAAGCGUGGUGACAGAUAAGAUGGGACUUGAAGCCAUUUAUUUGAAAUGCUUGUUGGCCCAUGAAGGGCCCAACAAUAGAAGCUUGAAAUUUUGGGACUUCAAAACUCCGCCAGAUUCAUUCCGAGGCACAUUCAAGUUAAGCCCCCAAAAUAUCCAAAAACUGAAGCAACAUGUACUGGAACACCGGAACCCGGCCCAACCGCUGCUACACAUCUCCACCUACACGGUGGCGAUGGGGUACACGUGGGUGUGCGCCUCCGCCGUGGCUGACGAGGAUAUUACCAUCGCAGUGACGGUGGACGCCCGAGGGAGAUUGGACCCACCUCUACCGGCAACAUACUUUGGAAACUACGUGGUCGGGCGGUCAACCGCCUUGAAGAGGGGGAAACUGUUUGGGGAAAACGGAGUAAUCGCCGCGGUGGAGACGAUAUCAGAGAUGAUUAAAAGCUUGAAAGAAGAGGGACCUCUGAAGGGUGCAGAAAACUGGGUUUUGUUGAUGACGCAAACUGUUGUAAAUAGCGAUUACAAGCUGAUUUCCACGACUGGGUCGCCGAGAUUUGAGGUGUAUAGCGUGGAUUUCGGUUGGGGGAAACCGGAGAAGGUGGAAGUUGUGUCGAUUAACCGAACCGGAGCGGUUUGUAUCUCGGAAAGCCGAGACGGCGGCGGAGUGGAACUUGGGUGGACGGCGAAGAGGGAUGUUAUGGAGAAUUUCGCUAAGCUUUUUGCUGGAAGGUCUUCAACAACUUUGAGUUAACGUUGCUUUCUUUAAUACCGGAAAAUAAGCCAUAACUUUAUCUGUUUUACUUUUUUUUUUUUAAUGAAACUUUAUGGUUUACUUUUUAUCACGUA